UACACUUAUAAACGAUUAGAUCAUAACUCAAACCCACACACACACAAAACAAGUAAUCCACCAAAAAUAACUCUUGUAACCCACAAAGGAAAUGACAACACAAUGACAACAAUCAAGCAAGAACUUUUCAGUUGUUGGGCGGAAGGUGCCUGAUAAUUUCAACCAUCUUGUAGGAUGGCUGAUUUGGUCUUCUCUAACUUUUCACUUCUCCCAUUCCCUCCCGCUUUUGUUCUCUUACAGAUCAAAUGGAGCAUACACCUCACACAUCUUCACCACAUAAUGCUUCUUUCUGGUCUUCUGUACCGUCUUCUCUCCCCUCCUCUGUUCUCGUCCUCUGCACCACCUCUGCUUCACUCUUCUUCCUUCCCUUUGUUUAUGCACUCCUCUUCCUCACCGCUCUCCCAGGCAAUGCACUGUCUUUGUGGGUGUUCCUGCGGUGCAUCUCCAUCACAUCCCCCACUCACAUUUAUCUGUCCCACCUGAGUAUCUCCAACCUGCUGCUGUCCCUCACCGCGCCCUUCCUUGCAGCCUACUAUGCCAGGGGCUCUGCCUGGACAAUGCAUGGCGCCCUGUGUCAGCUAGUCCUGCACGGCAUCACCCCAGUGCUCUACAUUAACAUCUACAUAAGCCUCAUGAUUCUAACAUGGGUGGCCCUCAGCCGCUUUGCAGCUCUCAUCCAGCACACCCACGCUUCCAGGCCGAGCGCCUGUACAAGGCUGCUGCCACACGGUUUCUUCACCCGUCUCACAAGGGCCUCCUUUGCCAGCAGGGUGUGUAUCACAAUGUGGGUGCUGGCAGUAGGCUGGACUGUGCCAGUGUCAAUUUACUACUCAGUGAAAGAAGCUAUGCGAGGCAGUGAAAAAACUGAGCCAGGAGGACGUGUGGAGGUGUGUUACAGCCCUGCGAUGGAAAUGGGGGGCAGUCGGUCUGCAGCUUUCCAUGUGGCUGCCAUAACCGUGUUCUUUUUAUGUUACCUACUGGUGCUGCUGUCCUACAUGGCAUUGCUGAGGCAUAUCAGACACUCACGCCGCAGCACAAACGUCACCACCUCCCAGAGCCUGCUGGGUAGGGUGUUCCGAAACAUUGUGGUCAUCCAGGUUGUUCUUUCAGUGUGCCUGCUGCCAUACCACAUCUUCAGACCCAUCUUCAUUUCUCUGGCCCAUGAUCAGCCGAAGCAUUCACCUGGCCCCGAGAUCGGCAACCACUGUCAUCCACUCUCCAUCCUCAUCGAGUUGAAGAACUGCCUGUUACUUCUGGCUGCACUGAGAGGUUCAACUGACCCCCUGAUGUACUUCCUGUUAGACAAGACCUUUCGCCAUAAAACCCUCAGUCUUUUAAGGUGUAAGAGGAACAAAGCUCAAAGUAAACAACAAUGCUGGUCAGUUACAGGAAGUGUCAGUCAGAAGGUUGGACAGUUGGGAGAUGGAAAUGUAGCUACUGCGAAUUCAAGCCACGACAGUGUUUUGUAGCCAGCACUGUAUUUUCCUGUUGUUUGAUG